AUGAAUUGCCUGGCUCUUUCUUUGGGCUUCGGCUUCUUGUUUCCCACCCCUAAAACAUGGCUCUUUACCUAUUUUGCUUGCAUAUCGUGGGCUGACUCGCAGGGCCUUUUCCCAAGGCUGGAGAACGUGGCAGCUUUCAAGAAGGUUUCGGUGGUGCCAACCCAAGCAACGUGUGGACUCCCAGCCCGAAGCACCUUCUGUCAGAGCUCUGCCGCAGCUGAAGGCCUUCGGGUCUGUCCCCAGCGGUUCUGCAUUCAGGAUUGUCCUUACCGAUCGUCACCCCCCACCUACACUGCCCUCUUCUCAGCAGGCCUCAGCGGCUGCAUCACCGUAGACCGGCGUGAUCUGAGUCCCAAGGCCCACAGCCAUUCUGCAAGUUUCAUUUUUGGAAAUCACCAGAGUUGCUUUGCCUCUCCUGCUGCUCCCAGGCUGGCGGCGUCAUUUACUCUAGCUGUGUGGUUGAAACCCGAGCAAGAAGGUGUAAUGUGUGUUAUAGAAAAGACAGCGGAUGGGCAGAUUGUGUUCAAACUUACAAUAUCUGAGAAAGAGACCAUGUUUUAUUACCGCACAGUAAAUGGUUUGCAGCCUCCAAUAAGAGUAAUGACACUGGGGAGAAUUCUUGUGAAGAAAUGGAUUCAUCUUAGUGUGCAGGUACAUCAGACAAAAAUCAGUUUCUUCGUCAAUGGUUUGGAAGAGGAUAAUACAGCUUUUGAUGCAGGAACUCUAAGUGGUUCAAUUACAGAUUUUGCCUCUGGUACUAUGCAAAUAGGACAGAGCUUAAAUGGUGUAGAGCAAUUUGUUGGAAGAAUGCAAGAUUUUCGAUUAUACCAAGUGGCGCUUACAAACAGAGAGAUUCAGGAAGUUUUCUCUGGAGAUCUGCCCAGACUGCAUACCCAGUCACAUUGCCGUUGCCCUGGCAGCCACCCUCGGGUUCCUCGUUUGGAACAGCGGUACUGUGUUCCUAAUGAUGCAGAAGACACAACCAAUAAUAGGGUGUUACGGCUGAAUCCUGAAGCCCAUCCUCUUUCUUUUGUCAAUGAUAACAAUAUUGGUACUUCGUGGCUUUCCCAUGUGUUUACAAACAUGACCCAGCUUAAUCAAGGAGUGACUGUUUCAAUAGAUUUGGAAAAUGGACAGUAUCAGGUGUUUUACAUCAUCAUUCAGUUCUCUAGUCCACAACCAACAGCAAUAAGGAUUCAAAGGAAGAAAGAUGACAGCCUAGACUGGGAGGAUUGGCAGUAUUUUGCUAGAAAUUGCAGCACUUUCGGAAUGAAAAACAAUGGAGAAUUGGAAAAUUCUGAUUCUGUCAACUGUCUUCAGCUUCCCAAUUUUACUCCAUAUUCCCGUGGUAAUGUCACCUUUAGCAUCCUAACACCUGGACCAAAUCAUCGUCCUGGAUAUAAUAAUUUCUAUAAUACCCCAUCUCUUCAAGAGUUUGUAAAGGCCACACAAGUACGACUUCAUUUCCAUGGACAGUACCAUACAACUGAGACUUCUGUCAGUCCCAGACACAGAUACUAUGGCGUCAAUGAAAUCACCAUCACUGGAAGGUGUCAGUGCUGUGGUCAUGCUGAUAACUGUGACACGAGAAGCCAGCCCUAUAGAUGCCUCUGCUCUCGGGAAAGUUUCACUGAAGGACUUCAUUGUGAUCAGUGCCUGCCUCUUUAUAAUGACAAGCCUUUUCGCCAAAGUGAUCAAGUUCAUGCCUUCAAUUGUAAACUCUGUGAAUGCAACAGCCAUUCCAGAAGCUGCCACUACAACAUCUCAGUGGAUCCCUUUCCAUUUGAACACCACAGAGGAGGUGGAGGAGUUUGUGAUGACUGUGAGCAUAACACUACAGGGAAGAACUGUGAGCUGUGUAAGGAUUACUUUUUCCGACAAGUUGGUGCAGAUCCUUCAGCCAUAGAUGUUUGCAAACCCUGUGACUGUGAUAAAGUUGGCACUAGAAACAAUAGCUUCCUGUGCGAUCAGAUCGGAGGCCAGUGUAAUUGUAAGAGACAUGUGUCUGGCAGACAGUGCAAUCAGUGCCAGAACGGAUUCUACAACCUACAAGAGUGGGAUCCUGAUGGCUGCAUUCCGUGCAACUGUAAUGCCUCUGGGACAGUGGAUGGAGAUAUUACCUGUCACCCAAAUUCAGGCCAGUGCAAGUGCAAAGCAAAUGUUAUUGGGCUUAGAUGUGAUCAUUGCGAUUUGGGAUUUAAAUUUCUCCAAAGUGUUAAUGACGAUGGCUGUGAGCCCUGCCAGUGUGACCUCCACGGCUCAGUGAACGAACUCUGCAAUCCUCUUUCUGGGCAGUGUGAGUGCAAACAAGAAGUCAAAGGACUUCAGUGUGAUACCUGCAGAGACCACUUUUAUGGACUGGACACCACCGGUUGUAAGCCCUGUGACUGCAACGUAGCUGGGUCCCGGUCUGGGACCGUCUGUGAUGCUCGGACAGGACAGUGCAUCUGUAAUCCCAAUGUUGGAGGGAGACGGUGCAGUGAAUGUCUGGAGGGGUACUUCUACCUACAGCAAAACAGUUCUUUCCUCUGUCUGCCUUGUAACUGUGAUAGGACUGGGACAGUAAAUGGCUCUCUGCUGUGUGACAGAUCAACAGGACAGUGUCUCUGCAAAUUAGGAGUAACAGGUCUUCGCUGUAAUCAGUGUGAGUCUCACAGGUACCAUCUGACCGUUGGCAGUUUUCAAGGCUGCCAGAUGUGUGAGUGUGACCCCUUGGGGACGUUCCCUGGGACCAUUUGUGACCCAGUCAGUGGCCAGUGCCUAUGUCUGCCGCAUCGUCAAGGAAGAAGGUGUAAUCGUUGUCAACCAGGUUUUUAUAUUUCUCCAGGCAAUGCCACUGGCUGCCUGCCGUGUUCAUGCCACAAGACCGGUGCAGUUAAUCACAUCUGUAAUAGCUUGACUGGUCAGUGUGUUUGCCAAGAUGAUUCCAUUGCCGGGCAAAAUUGUGACCAUUGUAAAGACCUUUACUUUGGAUUUGAUCCUCUAGCUGGAAGAUGUCAGCCUUGCAGUUGUCAUCUCUCAGGAGCCUUGAACGAAACCUGUCACUCAGUCACUGGCCAGUGUUUCUGUAAACGAUUUGUCACUGGCUCAAAGUGUGAUACUUGUGUUCCCAGUGCAAGCCAUUUGGAUAUCAACAAUCCAUUGGGCUGCAGCAAAACUCCAUCCCAGCAACCUCCACCCAGAGGAAAAGUUCAAAAUUCUUCUGCUAUCAGUCUUUCCUGGAGUCCACCUGAUUCUCCAAAUGCCCACUGGCUCACUUACAGUUUAUUCAGGGAUGGUUUUGAAAUCUACACAAUUGAAGAUCAAUACCCAUACAAUAUUCAGUACUUCUUAGACACUGCGCUGUCACCAUAUACCUCCUAUUCCUAUUACCUCGAGACCAGCAGCUUGCGUGGUUCAACAAGGAGUGCAGCUGUCACCUACAGGACAAAACCAGGGGCCCCAGAGGGAAGCCUGAACUUAAGUUAUAUCAGUCCUAUUAGCUCAGACUCUGUGACACUUACCUGGGCUGUACCUUCAAAUCAUUCUGGUCCUAUCGAGAAAUAUAUUUUGUCCUGUGCUCCUCUAGAUGGCAUCCAGCCCUGUGUUCCCUAUGAAGGUCCUGAAACCACCGCUACCAUCUGGAAUCUGGUUCCAUUCACCAAAUACCGUUUUGCUGUACAGGCGUGUACUAGCGGGGGCUGUUUACAAAGCACCCCUCUGACAGUGACCACGGCCCAGGCACCUCCCCGAAGGCUGGGUCCACCCGAGGUGCGGAAGAUCAGUUCCACAGAGCUUCACGUAGAAUGGGCUCCACCGAUGGAACCAAAUGGCAUAAUUAUAAGAUAUGAACUAUACAUGAAAAGACUGAGAUCUAAUGGAGAAACCAGGUCAGCAGAAAGUCAAGUUUUUCAGAGCAGUGGCUGGCUCAGUCCUUACCCACUUGCAGAAUCAGCCAAUGAAAAUGCAUUAGAACCUCCCGAACUAACCACAAUCAUCACUGGCUUGGAGCCGUACACCAAGUACAAGUUUAGAGUCUUAGCUGUGAACAUGGCUGGGAGUGUGUCUUCUGCCUGGACCACAGGAAGAACGGGAGAAUCAGCGCCUGUAUUCAUGACCCCUCCUUCAGUCUCCCCCCUCUCACCAUACUCGCUCAAUGUGUCCUGGGAGAUGCCAGCAGAUAAUGUGACAAGAGGAAAAGUUGUGGGGUAUAACGUCAGUAUGGUUUCUGAACAAUCACCUCAACAAUCUAGUCCGGUGGUGUUUUCACAGGUGUUGUACACUGCUAAAUCCCAAGAACUGUCUUAUAUUGUAAAAGGACUACAACCUUACAGGAUAUAUAACUUUACUGUUUCUCUCUGCAAUUCAGUUGGUUGUAUAACCAGUGCUUCCAGAGCAGGACGGACUUCAGCAGCAGCACCAGCCCAACUGAGGCCACCUCUGGUUGAAGAAAUCAACAGUACAACCAUCCAUCUUAGGUGGCAGGCACCUGAAGAACAGAAUGGACCCUCUCCUACAUAUCAGCUGGAAAGGAGACAGGCAGCUCUACCAGCUCCAUGGGCCACAAUGAUGAAAGGAACGCGUUUCAUAGGAAAUGGAUAUUAUAAAUUUCCCAGUUCCACUCACCCAGUCAAUACAGACUUUACCGGCAUUAAGGCCAGCUUUCGAACGAGGGUGCCUGAAGGUUUGAUUGUCUUUGCGGCAUCACCUGGCAAUCAGGAAGAGUAUUUCGCAAUUCAGUUGAAGAAUGGACGCCCUUAUUUUCUUUUUGAUCCUCAGGGGUCUGCAGUAGAAGUGACCACAACUAAUGAUGAUGGUAAACAAUAUAGUGAUGGCAAAUGGCAUGAGAUAAUCGCGAUUAGGCAUCAAGAUUUCGGCCAAAUCACACUUGAUGGGCAAUAUACAGGUUCCUCGGCCACCCUGAAUGGUAGUACUGUUAUUGGAGAGAACACAGGAGUGUUUGUGGGAGGGCUGCCACAGGGUUAUACCAUCCUCAGGAAGGAUUCUGACAUAAUCCAAAAGGGUUUUGUGGGCUGUCUCAAGGAUGUGUAUUUUAUGAAGAAUUAUAAUCCCUCUGCCGCUUGGGGGCGUCUGGUUUGGCAGAGUUCUGAAGAGCAAAUCAACGUGUAUAACAACUGGGAGGGAUGCCCCACUUCAUUACAAGAGGGAGCUCAGUUCCUAGGGACAGGGUUCCUGGAACUUUAUCCAUAUUUGUUUCAUGGUGGAAUGGACUUUGAAAUUUCCUUUAAGUUCAGAACUGACCAAUUGAAUGGAUUGCUUCUUUUCAUUUACAACAAAGAUGGACCUGAUUUUCUUGCUAUGGAACUGAAGAGUGGAAUAUUGAGCUUCCGGUUAAAUACUAGUCUUACCUUUACACAAGUGGAUCUCUGGCUGGGGCUGUCCUAUUGUGACGGAAAGUGGAAUAAAGUGGUCAUUAAAAAAAAAGGUUCCGUCCUAUCAACAAGCAUGAAUGAACUGAUGGAGCGUGUGUCAGAGUCCAGAGCUCAGCCACUGAUGGUGAAUUCCCCCGUCUAUGUGGGAGGAACCCCACGGGAGCUGUACGACUCUUAUAAACACCUGAAGCUGGAACAAGGUUUCGGUGGUUGCAUGAAAGAUGUGAAAUUUGCACAGGACGCUGUCGUUAACUUGGCAUCUGUGUCCAGCGGUGCUAUCAGAGUCAAUCUGGAUGGAUGCCUGUCAACUGACAGUGCUGUUAACUGCAGGGGAAAUGACUCCAUCCUGGUUUAUCAGGGAAAAGAGCAGAGCGUUUACGAGAGUGGUCUCCAGCCUUUCACAGAAUACCUGUAUCGAGUAACAGCCUUCCACGAAGGAGGUUCAGUACCUAGCGACUGGAGUCGAGGCCGUACAACAGGAGCAGCUCCACAAAGUGUGCCAACUCCCUCAAGAGUCCGCAGCAUAAACGGCUAUAGCAUCGAGGUGACCUGGGAUGACCCUGUUGUGGUUAGAGGUGUAAUUGAGAAGUACAUUUUGAGAGCCUACAGUGAAGAUGCUCCCGGUCUGCCCCGCCUGCCCUUUGCCAGCUCUGAGCUUGUUGACACCAGCACCUUCACAGGCAUAUUGACAGGCUUGCUACCCUUCAAAAACUAUGCAGUAACCCUAGCUGCUUGCACUUUGGCUGGCUGUACCGAGAGCUCGCAUGCACUGAACAUCUCUACUCCACAAGAAGCACCACAAGAGGUUCAGCCACCAGUAGCCAAAUCCCUUCCCAAUUCUUUGUUACUCUCCUGGAAUCCACCCAAAAAGGCAAAUGGUAUUAUAACUCAGUACUCUUUAUAUAUGGAUGGGAUACUAAUCUAUUCAGGCAAUGGAGAGAACUACACAGUCACAGAUUUAGUGGCCUUCACGCCCCACCAGUUUCUACUCAGUGCUUGCACACAUGUGGGAUGUACAAACAGUUCCCUGGUCAUACUGUACACGGCACAGCUGCCACCAGACCAUGUGGAUCCCCCAAUUCUGACCGUCCUGGAUUCUAGAACUAUAUCCGUACAGUGGAAACAACCAAGAAAAGUAAACGGAAUUCUGGAGCGCUAUAUACUAUAUAUUUCAAAUCACAUGCAUGAUUUUACCAUUUGGGAUGUCAUCUAUAACAGUACAGAACUUUUUCAGGAUCAUGUGCUACAGUACCUUUUCCCUGGUAAUAAAUACUUCAUCAAGCUGGGAGCUUGCACCAGGGGUGGAUGCACAGUGAGUGAGGCCAGCCAGGCCCUGACUGAGGAGAGCGCCCCGGAAGGCGUGCCAGCCCCCAAAGUGCACCCGGAUUCACCUCACUCCUUUAACAUCUCCUGGACUGAGCCUGAAUAUCCAAAUGGUGUUAUCACAAGUUACGGACUGUAUCUAGAUGGUAUAUUAAUUCACAGUUCCUCAGAACUCAGCUGUCGUGCUUCUGGAUUCGCUCCUUGGAGCUUACAUUCCUUCAGAGUCCAAGCCUGCACGGCCAAAGGUUGUGCUCUGGGCCCGCUGGUGGAAAAUCGAACUCUAGAAGCUCCUCCUGAAGGAACAGUACACGUGUUUGUCAAAACAGAAGGAUCCCAAAAGGCCCAUGUGAGAUGGGAAGCACCUUUUCACUCUAAUGGACAAUUAACGUACUCAGUCCUUUUUACUGGCGCUUUCUAUGCCGACCAAGCAGACGACAACUACACUCUUCUGAAUGGCACACAAGUCAUGUACAGUGGUGAAGAGACCAACCUUUCUGUGCUCAUCGAUGGGUUGGUUCCUUUUACUAACUAUACUGUACAAGUGAAUGUUUCAAAUAGCCAAGGCAGCUUGAUAAGUGAUCCCGUAAUGAUUUCGAUGCCGCCAGGGGCUCCAGAUGGCGUGCUGCCUCCGAGGCUUUCAUCUGCCACUCCAACCAGUCUUCAGGUUGUCUGGUCUACACCAGCUCGGAACAACGCCCCCGGCUCUCCCAGAUACCAACUCCAGAUGAGGCCCGGCAACUCCACCCACUGGUUUCUAGAGUUGUUUUCCAAUCCUUCUGCAUCGUUAAGCUAUGAAGUGAGAGAUCUGCAGCCGUACACAGAGUAUGAAUUUCGGUUGGUGGUCUCCAAUGGAUUUGGCAGUGCACAUAGUUCUUGGAUGCUGUUCAUCACCGCAGAGGACAAACCUGGACCUAUAGACCCUCCGAUUCUUCGGGAUGUGAAGUCAAGAAUGAUGUUGGUCACCUGGCAGCAUCCUUUAAAGUGCAAUGGGAUCAUUACCCAUUAUAACAUUCACCAACAUGGCCGUCUCUGCCUAAAAACUUCCGGAAAUGUCACCAAUGGCACAGUGGUCCAUUUGCGCCCAUAUACAGCCUACACAUUUCAAGUAGAAGCCUGUACUUCAAAAGGAUGUUCCCUGUCACCAGAGUCCCAGACUGUAUGGACACUCCCAGAUGCACCAGAAGGUAUCCCGAGACCAGAGCUGUUCUCCGAUACCCCAACGUCCGUGAUUAUAUCUUGGCAACCCCCCACCCAUCCCAACGGCGUGGUGGAGAACUUCACAAUCGAGAGAAGAGUCGAAGGGAAGGAAGAAGCUACUACCCUGGUGACUGUCCCGAGAGGUCAUCCCAUGAGGUUCAUCGACAAGACUUCUGCUCUUAGCCCAUGGACAAAAUAUGAGUAUCGGGUCCUGGUGAGCACUCUUGGAGGAGGUACAAACAGCAGCGCUUGGGCAGAAGUGACCACGAGACCCUCACGACCUGCUGGGGUGCAGCCCCCCGUGGUGGAUGUGCUAGGACCCGACGCAGCCAAGGUCACUUGGAGAGCCCCACUUAUCCUGAAUGGAGACAUCCUUACCUACGAGAUCCGCAUGCCUGACCCUCACGUCACAGUCACCAACGUUACUUCCUCUGUGUUCAGUCACGUCGUUACUCAUCUGAUUCCUUUCACUAAUUAUUCUGUCACCAUUGUGGCUUGCUCAGGGGGUAAUGGGCAUCUAGGGGGGUGCACAGAGAGUUUCCCUACCCAUGUGACCACGCAGCCCACCCUGCCUCAGGAUCUUAGCCCGUUGUCCGUGGUUCCACUAAGUGAAUCGUAUGUUGGCAUUUCUUGGCAGCCACCAACCAGGCCAAACGGACCCAAUUUGAGAUAUGAGCUUCUGAGACGUAAAAUCCAGCAACCACUUGCAUCAAAUCCCCCAGAAGAUUUAAAUCUGUGGCACAAUAUUUAUUCAGGAACUCAGUGGUUUUAUGAAGAUAAGGGUCUUAGCAGGUUUACGACGUAUGCGUAUAAGGUCUUUGUACACAACAGUGUGGGUUUUACACCAAGUCAAGAAGCAACUGUGACCACAUUAGCCGGGCUUCCGGAGAGAGGAGCUAACCUCACUGCGAUUGUUCUCAACCACACGGCCAUAGACGUGAGAUGGGCUAAACCAACUUUUCAAGACCUACAAGGUGACGUUGAAUAUUAUACCCUUUUUUGGAGUUCUGCUAACGCCAGUGAAUCUCGAAAACUCCUCCCAGAUGUAAACUCUCAUGUCAUUGGCCACUUAAAUCCAAACACAGAGUAUCGGAUUUUUAUCUCUGUUUUCAACGGAGUUGCCAGCAUUAACAGUGAAGUGCUGCAUGCAACCACUUGCGACGGCGAGCCUCAGGGCAUGCUUCCUCCAGAGGUUGUCAUCAUCAACAGUACAGCUGUACGUGUCAUCUGGACAGCUCCUUCAAACCCAAAUGGUGUUGUCACUGAAUAUUCUGUCUAUGUAAAUAAUCAGCUCUACAAGACUGGAAUAAAUGCGCCUGGGUCUUUCAUUCUGAGAGACCUGUCUCCCUUAAUGAUCUAUGACAUUCAGGUUGAAGUCUGCACAAAAUAUGCCUGUGUGAAAAGCAAUGGAACCCAAAUCACCACCAUGGAAGAUAGUCCAAGUGAUAUACCAGCUCCCACAAUUCAUGGCAUCACUUCAAGAUCCCUUCAGAUUGAUUGGAUGUCUCCAGGGAAGCCAAAUGGCAUCAUUCUCGGAUAUGAUCUCUUACGGAAAGCAUGGCGUUCAUGCCUUAAAAUCCAGAAGUCAGUGCAGGACCACAGUCAUGAACUCUGCAAAGCAGUGAAGUGUCAAAAACCUGAAACUGUCUGUGGACCCAGGUGCUACUCUCCUGAGGCUAAGGUGUGUUGUAACGGAGUUCUCUACGACACCCAGCCUGGACACCGCUGUUGUGAAGAGAAGUACAUCCCAUCUGUUUUGAACUCAACUGGAGUUUGUUGUGGUGGCCGAAUACAGGAGGGGCAACCGAAUCAUCAGUGCUGCUCGGGGUAUUAUGUUAGGAUUCUACCAGGUGAAGUAUGCUGUCCAGAUGAACAGCACAAUCGGGUUUCCACUGGCCUCGGUGACUCCUGCUGUGGCAGACUGCCAUACUCCACCUCCGGAAACCAGAUUUGCUGUGCUGGGAGGCUCCAUGAUGGCCAUGGCCAGCAGUGCUGUGGUGGACAGAUUGUGAGCAAAGAUUUCGAGUGCUGCGGGGGAGAGGAACAGGGUGUGGUGUACAGUCGCCUUCCAGGGAUGUUCUGUUGUGGGCAGGAUUAUAUGAAUAUGUCAGAUACCAUAUGCUGCUCAGCUUCCAGUGGAGAGUCUAAAGCACAUGUUAAAAAGAAUGACCCAGUGCCAGUAAAAUGCUGUGAGACUGAACUUAUUCCAAAGAGCCAGAAAUGCUGUAAUGGAGUUGGAUAUAAUCCUUUGAAAUAUGUUUGCUCUGACAAGAUUUCAACUGGAAUGAUGAUGAAGGAAACCAAAGUCUGCAGGACCGUCUGCCCGGCGUCUAUGGAAGCCACAGCGCACUGCGGCAGGUGUGACUUCAACUUUACCAGCCACGUUUGUACUGUGAUAGGAGGAUCUCACAAUUCCAUCGGGAAGGAAUCAGUCGAAGAAAUGUGCUCAUCUGCUGAAGAGCCUGUUCAUGUGGGAAGUGUAAACACACUCUCCUUCACAGAUGUGAACCUGGAGCCCUACAUGACGUAUGAGUAUAGGAUUUCUGCGUGGAAUAGCUAUGGGCGAGGAUUCAGCAAGGCUGUUAGGGCCACAACGAAAGAAGAUGUGCCUGAGGGAGUGAGCCCCCCCAGGUGGACCAAGAUGGAUCAUCUUGAUGAUGUAAUAGUCCUCAACUGGAAGAAGCCUAUACAAUCAAAUGGUCUUAUUAUUUACUACAUUCUUCUCCGAGAUGGAAUUGAACGUUUUCGAGGAACAUCGUUGAGCUUCUCUGAUACGAAAGGAAUUCAACCUUUUAUGGAAUAUUCAUACCAGCUGAGAGCUUGCACGAUUGCUGGCUGUGCCACCAGCAGCAAGGUCGUUGCAGCUACAACCCAAGGAGUUCCGCAAAGCGUCCCUCCGCCGAGAGUCAUGGCCCCCAGUACGGAGACUCUGCAUGUGAGCUGGGAUGUCCCUCCUAAGCCAAACGGCGUCAUUAAAGAGUACCAGCUCAGGCAGGUUGGGAAAGGUCUCAUCUACACUGACACCACUGACAGGAGGCAGCAUACGGUCACAGGUCUCCAGCCACACACCAACUACAGCUUCACACUUAGAGCUUGUACAUCUGCUGGAUGCACUUCAAGUGAGCCUUUUCUAGGUCAGACUCUGCAGGCAGCCCCUCAAGGAGUUUGGGUGACACCUCGACACAUUAUCAUCAAUUCUACAACAGUGGAAUUAUAUUGGAGUCCGCCAGAACAGCCCAAUGGCCUCAUUUCUCAAUAUCAAUUGAGUCGUAAUGGAAGCUUGGUUUUCCUGGGGGGCAGUGAGGAACAGAAUUUCACUGAUAAAAACCUGGAGCCCAACAGCAGGUACAUUUAUAAGCUGGAAGCCACCACUGGAGGUGGCAGCAGUUCCAGUAAUGAGUACAUUAUACAGACACCUAUAUUAACACCGGAAGAAAUCCGGCCUCCAUAUAACAUCACAGUAAUUGGGCCUGAUUCCAUAUAUGUAGCUUGGACCCCACCAGGAAUCCUCACCCCCAAAAUACCUGUGGAGUACAAUGUCUUACUCAACGCUGGAAGUGUAGCACCUCUGAUCUUCUCUGCUGGUCAUCAUCAGUCCAUCCUUCUGGAAAAUUUGGCUCCAUCCACACAGUAUGAGACAAGGAUACAAGCAUGUCAAAAUGGAGGUUGUGGAGUUAGCAGUAGGAUAUUUGUCAAAACAGCUGAAGGAGCCCCCAUGGAUCUAAAUUCUCCUGUUCUUAAGGCACUGGGAUCAGCUUGCAUAGUGGUUAAAUGGACGCCACCUAAAAAACCAAAUGGAGUCAUCAUCAACUAUUUUAUUCACAGACGUUCUGCUGGCUUUGAAGAGGAAUCCCUUUUGUUUGUCUGGUCAGAAGGAGCCCUUGAAUUUAUUGACAAUGCAACUACUUUGAGGCCUUUCACGCUCUAUGAAUAUCGGGUCAGAGCCCAUAACUCCAGGGGCACCGUGGAGAGUCUGUGGUCAUCAACACGGACUCUAGAAGCCCCACCUCAAGAUUUGCCAGCGCCCUGGGCUCAAGUCACUGGUGCUCAUUCAGUUCUACUGAAUUGGACAAAGCCAAAAUCUCCCAAUGGCAUUAUCUCCCAGUACCGUGUGGUCUACCAAGAGAGAACCGAUGACCCGACGUUGAACUUCUCUGUUGUGCACGCUUUCACCGUGAUGACCUACAAUGUCUUCAGUGAUGGUGUCCUGGAGUACGCUGGCCUGAAUCGUCAAUUUCUCUUCCGCCGCCUGGACCCCUUCACACGCUACACGCUGACGCUGGAGGCCUGCACCAGCGCGGGCUGUGCACACUCAGCGCCCCAGCCUCUGUGGACAGAAGAAGCCGCACCCCAGUCUCAGCUGGCUCCCACCAUCCAGUCUGUGGGGUCCACCAGCGUUGAGCUGAGCUGGUCAGAGCCCGUUAACCCAAAUGGAAAGAUAAUUCGCUAUGAAGUGAUUCGCAGAUGCUUCAAGGGAAAAGCUUGGGGGAAUCAGACAGUCCAGGACGAUGAGAAAAUUGUUUUCACAGAAUAUAAUACUGAAAGGAAUACAUUUAUGUAUAAUGACACAGGUCUGCAGCCAUGGAUGCAGUGUGAAUAUAAAAUCCACACUUGGAAUUCAGCAGGCCAUACCUGCAGCUCUUGGAGUGUGGUAAGGACCAGGCAAGCACUUCCAGAAGGCCUCUCUCCACCUGAGAUAGCCCAGGUAGCUGUGAACCCCCCCAAAGUGAUGAUUUCCUGGAUCCCGCCAGCACAGCCUAAUGGCAUUAUCCAGUCCUAUAGGCUUCAAAGGAACGAAGUGCUCUAUCCUUUCAGCUUUGAUGCUGUGACUUUCAAUUAUACUGAUGAAGCGCUGCUUCCUUUUUCCACGUACAGGUAUGUAGUCACAGCCUGCACCAGUGAGGGCUGUUCCACCAGCACACCUACCAGCAUCACAACCCUUGAGGCUGCCCCUGCAGGGGUCAGCCCUCCAGCUCUUUGGACCAUCAGUGCCACUCAAAUAAAUGUAUCUUGGUCACCGCCAUCAAUUCAAAAUGGAGAGAUCACUCAGUAUUUACUCAGAUUGGAUGGUAAGGAGUACCCCGCUGGGCAGAACCUGUCCCUGUUGGUUUCCCACCUGCAGCCUUCCACGCAGUAUAAUCUCUCCCUAGUGGCCUGCACCAAUGGAGGUUGCACAGCAAGUGUUGCAGAGUCUGCCUGGACAAUGGAGGCCCCGCCACAAAACAUGGACCCUCCAAAACUACAAGUCACGGGCUCAGAAUCCAUAGAAAUCACCUGGAAACCGCCAGGAACCCCAAAUGGCCAGAUCAGAAGCUAUGAACUUAGGAGGGAUGGAACCAUUGUCUAUACCGGCCUGGAAACUCGCUAUCAUGAUUUUACUCUCGCCCCAGGUGUGGAGUAUGGCUACACAGUGAUGGCCAACAACAGCCAAGGGGGUGUUUUGAGUCCACUUGUCAAAGAUCGAACCAGCCCCUCAGCGCCUUCAGGGAUGGAGCCUCCAAAAUUGCUGGCCAAGGGCCCUCAGGAGAUCUUAGUGAGCUGGGACCCUCCAGUAAGGACAAACGGUCAUAUCAUCAACUACACCCUCUUCGUCCGUGAGCCAUUUGAAAGGGAAACAAAAGUCGUACACAUAAACACAACUCAUAAUUCUUUCGGUACACGGUCAUUCAUAGUAAACCAGCUGAAGCCAUUUCACAGGUAUGAAGUUCGAAUUCAAGCCUGCACCAGGCUGGGAUGUGCAUCAGGUGACUGGACAUCCAUACAGACCCCUGAGGUUGCACCUCGGAAGCAACCGCCUCCACAUCUAGAGGUACAGAUGGCUCCAGGGGGGUUCCAGCCCAUGGUUUCCCUUCUGUGGACAGGACCACUCCAGCCAAAUGGACAAGUUUUAUAUUAUGAAUUGUACAGAAGACAAAUAGCAACUCAGCCUGGAAAAUCAAACCCAGUGCUAACCUAUAAUGGAAGCUCAAGCUCUUUUAUGGACAUGGAACUAUUGCCUUUCACAGAGUAUGAAUACCAGGUCUGGGCCGUGAAUUCAGCAGGAAAAGCCUCCAGUAGCUGGACGCGGUGUAGAACUGGGCCCGCGCCCCCGGAAGGUCUCAGGGCCCCCAAGUUCCAUGCGGUCUCUGCCACCCAAGCAGUGGUCAACAUCAGCGCCCCCCAGAAGCCCAAUGGGAUUGUCAGUCUCUACAGAUUGUUCUCCAGCGAUACCAGCGGGGCCCAGAUGGUGCUGUCUGAAGGCCUGGCCACCCAGCAGACGCUUCAUGGCCUGCAGCCCUUCACGACCUACUCCAUUGGGGUGGAGGCCUGCACUUGCUUCAAUUGUUGCAGCCAAGGGCCGACAGCAGAGCUGAGAACUCCUCCUGCUCCACCAUCAGGACUGUCCUCUCCCCAAAUCCAGACCCUGGCCUCGAGGACAGCCUCCUUCCAGUGGAGUCCCCCGCUCUUGCCCAAUGGUGUCAUUCAGAGCUAUGAGCUCCAGCUCUACAUGGCUUGCCCUCCGGAUCCAGCCACGCCCUGUACUCCCAGCCAAACCGAGACAAAGUACACUGGGCCAGGGCUGAGAGCCAGCCUCGGGGGUCUCCAGCCCUACACCACCUACAAGCUGAGGGUGGUAGCCCACAAUGAUGUGGGCAGCACGGCCUCUGAAUGGAUCAGCUUCAUCACCCAAAAAGAAUUGCCCGAGUACCGUGCCCCUUUCUCGGUGGACAGCAAUCUAUCCGUGGUAUGUGUGGACUGGAGUGGCUCCUUCCUGCUGAACGGACGGCUGAAGGAGUUCGUCUUGACCGAUGGAGGGCAGCGCGUGUACAGUGGCCUCGACACCACCCUCUACAUCCCAAAGACCGCGGACAGAACUUUCUUUUUCCAGGUCAUCUGCACUACAGAUGAAGGAAGUGUUAAGACACCUUUGAUUCAAUAUGAUACCAGCACUGGAUUUGGCCUGGUGCUGACAACUCCUGGAGAAAAGAAAGGAUCGGGGAGCAAAAGCACGGAGUUCUACAGCGAGUUAUGGUUCAUAGUAUUAAUGGCAAUGCUGGGCUUGAUCUUGUUGGCCAUUUUUCUGUCCCUGAUACUACAGAGAAAAAUCCACAAAGAACCAUAUAUAAGAGAGAGGCCUCCUUUGGAGCCUCUUCCAAAGCGGAUGUCUCCAUUGAAUGUAUACCCACCGGGGGAAACCCAUAUGGGCUUAGCUGAUACCAAAAUCCCCCGGUCUGGGACGCCUGUGAGUAUUAGAAGCAACCGGAGCCUAUCUGUACUGCGCAUCCCAAGUCAGAGCCAAGUCAGCCAGACCUAUGCCCAAGGCUCUCUCCACCGCAGCGUCAGUCAACUCAUGGACAUUCAAGACAAGAAGGUCUUGAUUGACGACUCGCUGUGGGAAACCAUCAUGGGCCAUGAUAGCGGACUGUAUGUGGAUGAAGAGGACCUGAUGAAUGCCAUCAAGGGUUUCAGCUCUAUGACUAAGGAACACACCACAUUCACCGACACCCACCUGUAA